AGUCACAGAACUAGAAAAUAUAGAAAAUAAACCAGAAUUUAAAAGAUAGUUUUUGUAACUAUAUAUAUAUAUUUUUAGGUUACAUCACUAAUAUACGUUUCGUAUCUAGUAUCAUUUUUACCAGUUUAAAAUAUCACCCAUUUUUCAAAUAAUUUAGCUGAGAUUAGCUGGAUUAUAGUAAGACAUUAAUCAACACCGUUUCUAUCUCCUGUGGUUCUAUGGUGUAGCUGCUGUAUUGUUUUGGUUGAUACGUCCCUGCUACAGCUUCGGAUCACUUUUUACCAAGUGAUGGAUGAGCAGACGGGCUCUCCUGCAGCCAACACUGACAACAGCAGCCAGAGAAAUGGCGAUGAGAAGCCUCGGCGUGGCAGCUGGACCAAAGGGAGGAAGAGAAAGAAGCCUAUGAAGGACAGCAACGCACCUAAAGCUCCCCUGACGGGCUACGUUCGCUUCAUGAACGACAGGCGGGAGCAGCUGCGGGCGGAGCGUCCAGACGUGCCCUUCCCAGAGAUCACCAGGAUGCUGGGCAAUGAGUGGAGCAAGCUGCCCCCGGAGGAGAAGCAGCGAUAUUUGGAUGAAGCGGAGCGAGAUAAGGAGCGCUACAUGCGAGAGCUGGAGAAGUACCAGAAAACGGAGGCCUACAAACAUUUCACCAGGAAGGUCCAGGAGAAGCAGAAGGGCAAGAGGCACAGGGGAGAUGUUGGGCACCAAGUCGCCAGUGAGGCUCUUCAUGAGAAAGACGCAGAGGGAAAGGACAGGACUGUGUUUGACAUACCAAUCUUCACAGAAGAGUUUCUCAACCACAGCAAAGCACGAGAAGCUGAGAUGCGCCAGCUGCGCAAGACCAACAUGGAGUACGAGGAGCGCAACGCAGCCUUGCAGAAGCACGUGGAGAGCAUGCGAGGGGCGGUGGAGCGGCUGGAGGGCGACGUGAUGCAAGAGAGAGAACGCAACGGGCUCCUGCACCAGCACCUGGAGACUCUGCGCCAGGCGCUCACCUCCAGCUUCUCAUCGGUUCCUCUGCCAGGCAGCGGAGAAACCCCCACCCUUGACAGCAUUGACUUCUACAUGAAGAAGCUCCACAGCAUCAUCGUUAGUAACCCCCAGGAGCAUGAGAGCCUCAUCAGCACAGUGAGGGAUGUGGUGAGCCGUCUGGACAGAUAAUUUGGAUCAAGCUCAUCCGGUUUGAUGAAUCGGGAUUUUCUGCACAGCUUCCUGUUUUCAGCUCUUUUCUCCAACUCAUCGCCCUGGUUGGGUUAAAAAUGUCCAGAACUCUGAUCAUAUCGGUGAAUGUGACCUUUGUUCUUUUAUUUAUUUAUUGUUUCUAACGGUUUACACCUUUCUGUAGCGAUCUUUUAAGCUGGAUAUGAAAGUUUCCCCUGUUCCAUUCUCAACGUUCAUUCCACAACAGACCCGUUAUCGCCGUCAUACAUGCUGUGUUUGUGUUAAAUCAUAACCAAGAAAUAUUGUUGACAUGUCUGUUAAACACUUAUGAUCUGUUGAAAAAGAAAAAAAAAAGGACAACUUGUGCCAUUGUUUGUUUUCCAGUUGUGGAAAUUCUUUGUAUUUUCAAUAAAAAUGUUUUCAUUGUCUGCAUUUUAA